AUGGUCAAGGUGGCGGGAGGUGGAUUCUUGUCUACUUUGGGCCGUGCUAGAGGAGUCGAGAUCGAGAUUGCGGGGCAGUCAAUGCCAGCAGACUUAGUCAUCAGUCCGGUGGAGCUGUAUGACGUUAUUCUCGGGAUGGACUGGUUGUCACACUACAGAGUUCAUCUGGAUUGCUACAGAGGUAGAGUGGUCUUCGAGCGAGAUGCAGGGAGGUUGGUUUAUCAGGGAGUGAGACCGACUUCCGGGAGUAUUGUGAUAUCUGCUAUUCAGGCCGAGCAGUUGUUAGAGCGGGGCUGUGAGGCGUAUCUGGCGACGAUUUCUAUGUCUGAGUCAGGAGCUGGAGUUGUUAUGGGAGAUAUUGAGGUUGUCCAGGAUUUUGAGGAUGUCUUUCAGUCACUGAAGGGAUUACCACCAUCUCGGUCUGAUCCUUUCACGAUUGAGUUAGAGCCGGGGACAGCACCGAUAUCGAAGACGCCUUACAGGAUGGCGCCAGCUGAGUUGGCAGAGCUGAAGAAGCAGAUAGAGGACCUUUUGUCUAAGGGGUUCAUUCGACCGAGUGUUUCACCAUGGGGAGCACCGGUGUUGUUUGUGAAGAAGAAGGAUGGGAGUUUCAGACUUUGUAUCGAUUACAGAGGUCUUAACCGAGUCACUGUGAAGAACAGGUACCCACUCCCGAGGAUUGAUGAGUUGUUGGAUCAGUUGAGGGGUGCUACUUGGUUCUCCAAGAUUGACUUGGCGUCGGGUUAUCAUCAGAUCCCGAUAGAUGAGGCAGAUGUCAGGAAGACUGCUUUCAGGACGCGUUAUGGGCAUUUUGAGUUUGUGGAGUAUUUGGACGUGUUUGUCAUCAUUUUCAUUGACGAUAUUCUGGUAUACUCGAGGAGUCAGGAGGAGCAUGCGACUCACUUGAGGUUGGUUCUGGAGAAGCUUCGGGAGCAGAAGCUUUUUGCUAAGUUGAGCAAGUGCAGUUUCUGGCAGCGAGAGAUGGGAUUUCUUGGCCACAUUGUUUCUGCAGAGGGAGUUUCUGUGGAUCCGGCUAAGAUUGAGGCUAUCAGAGAUUGGCCUAGACCUAGUAGUGCCACCGAGAUCAGGAGUUUUCUGGGUUUGGCAGGAUACUACAGAGCUGAGUGUGAGGAGAGCUUUAGUCAGCUCAAGGAGAUGUUGACUACUACACCAGUGUUGGCGUUACCCGAGCCAGGGAAGCCUUACAUGGUGUAUACAGAUGCUUCAGGCAUUGGUCUUGGUUGUGUGCUGAUGCAGGAGGGCAGAGUGAUAGCAUAUGCUUCGAGACAGUGGCAGGGCAGUGAGCGUAACCGUCCUACACAUGACUUAGAGUUGGGAGCAGUGAUCUUCGCGUUGAAGAUUUGGAGGUCUUACUUGCUAGGUGAGACAGUACAGGUCUUCACGGAUCACAAGAGUUUGCAGCAUAUCUUCACUCAGCCGAUGAUGAACGCGAGACAGACGCGCUGGGUUGAGUUCUUGGCGGACUAUCAGGUAAGCAUUAACUACCAUCCGGGCAAGGCUAACCUAGUGGCGGACGCGUUGAGUAGACGGAGGUAUGAUUCCGCAGUUGAGCGAGAUGUGGAGUCUCUAGUGGGCGAGAUCAGUACCUUGCGUUUGUGUGCCAUUUCGCAGGAGCCUUUGGGUUUAGAGGCAGUGGAUCAGGCGGAUCUACUUAGCAGGAUCAGAGUUGCUCAGCAGAGUGAUCAGAGUUUGCUAGAUGCGACGCGAGUGACUGGUUCUGAGUAUGAGGUCUCUGCGAAUGGGACUAUCUUGGUUCGUGGGCGAGUUUGUGUGCCUAAGGAUGUGGAGUUGAGACAUCAGAUUUUGGGAGAGGCUCACGCGAGCAAGUUUUCCAUUCAUCCGGGAGCGACCAAGAUGUACCAUGACCUCAAGAGGUACUAUCAUUGGGCAGAGCAUCAGGUUCCGGGUGGUCUUUUGCAGAGUUUACCCAUUCCAGAGUGGAAGUGGGACAGGAUUACGAUGGAUUUCGUGGUUGGACUACCUGUUUCGAGGACUUUCGAUGCUAUAUGGGUGAUUGUGGAUCGGUUGACGAAGUCCGCACAUUUCUUGGCCAUCAAGAAGACAGAUGGAGCUGCUGUCUUGGCUAGGAAGUUUGUGCGAGAGAUUGUGAGGCUGCAUGGAGUGUCAGCUAGUAUUGUGUCAGACCGUGAUCCCAGAUUCACGUCAGAGUUUUGGAGGGCGUUUCAGGCAGAGAUGGGCACUAAGGUGCAUUUGAGUACAACUUAUCAUCCGUAG